AUGGACACCUUUGUCCAUGCCAUUGUUCGCCGACACAUACCUAUUGGCAUAACUGCGCCUCAAACUGAUGAGGAUCAACGGAUACUGAGCAUCGCAAUCCUGGUUACUUCAUCAUUGUCCAUCUUGGGUGCCGGAUGCAUCAUUCUCAGUUUCGCGACCUUUCAAGGCCUCAGGUUGUUUAGACACCGUUUGAUCCUAGGCCUAGCCAUCAGCGACUUCCUGCGAGCCGUUGUGAUACUCGUGCCUGCAGUAUUAGAUUUGGCAAACCAGCCAUUGACAACAGCCACGAAUUACAGUGCUUGUGUCUGCGAUGGCUUCAUGGUUCAAACUUUUGUCACCCAGUCCGACUACUGGAUAUUGACAGUCGCAAUAUAUACAUUCAUCAUUGUUACGGGCCAAAAACAGACUGCAGCUUGGAUAGAAAACCAUCAACUUAUUGUCCUUGCCAUUCCCUGGGUUUUAUCGCUCGCAUCUGCUGGCAUCAGCCUCACAAUAGCAACCUACAAUGAUAUCGGCUCCUGGUGCUGGAUUCACGAGGAGAAUAUCAGGCUUUGGUAUAACUUUGUACCCAGGUGGACCAUCAUCGUGGCCAUGCUGGUAAUGUAUGCGCGUAUAUCAGUCGUUCUUAGAAAGGCGCAGAAGGGCUUCGGCGAAGCGACCUCGAGGAAGACUACUGCCGCUCCUUCAACCUCAGGGGAGGCAGCCCCAGAUGGACUCAAUGCCUUUGAGCCGUUGAGUCUCGCAGAAGAAGGCGGUCGUUGUUCUGUCAUAGAAAACAGCAACAGGUUGAGAAAGCUCGCUCGCCACAUGGCGCUGUACCCGAUCAUCUACAUCAUCAUAUGGAUUCUGCCUACAGUAGUCGUCUUAUAUCAUGUCUCGACGAAUACUGCGGCCCCCUUCCCACUUCAAACUGUUGACAAGUCCUUUAUUGUUAUUCAGGGCUUCGUCAACGCCAUUACAUAUGGUGUCAGCGAGUCAUCCGUAGCCUGUUGGCGCACAUUGUUAUUCUCUCAAGAUGUCGAGGAGAUUGCUAAGAAGGACGAAUCGCAUUUCUUUGGCUCACCAGGAAGGAUGACAACAGAACCACGGAAUUCCCGUACUUCGAUUUCGCCGAGUCUCAGCAUAAACUUGGCACGGGGCAGCCUUUCCAGCCCAAUUUACGAUGAACUCGAAAACAAUGUCAACAAUCACCACCACGGCGUCCUUAAAAAGGAGAGCGGUUCUCUUGGACUUGAGGACUGGGGAGAUACAUUGGACCACCCCGCGGAGAAUAUAUCAAUACUACGGACGAGCAAGACACCUGUUCCACUAUGA